GGCGGAGCUCGGGGGAGCCUGGCUGGCUGCUGCAGGCGGAGGGCGGGCAGGGAGAGAGCCGCCCUCCCCUCUUUUCCUCCCGCCGGCCGGCAGCAGCCCGCAGAGGGACGCGGGCUCGGCGGGCUCCCGCAUAAAAGAUGGCAUUUCAGAAGGCAGUGAAAGGAACGGCUCUCAUUGGAGGAGGUGCCAUAGCAACAGUUUUUGGCCUCUCUCAAUUUUCUCAGUAUAGAAACAAACACGGUGACUUGGUGCAGGUUCAAGCUGCAGAAGGUGCCCCAGUAAGGAAGGACCAUCUCCCCACAAGAGAGCAGCAGAUUCUGGCCCUGCAGAGCAGCGGGGAGUUCGAUGUGGUCGUCAUCGGCGGCGGAGCCACGGGCUGCGGCUGUGCCCUGGACGCAGCCACCAGAGGACUAAAAACAGCCCUUCUAGAAAGAGAUGAUUUCUCAUCGGGGACCAGCAGCAGGAGCACUAAAUUGAUCCAUGGUGGAGUGAGGUACCUGCAGAAGGCCAUCAUGAAUUUGGAUUUCGAGCAGUACAGGAUGGUGAAGGAGGCUCUGGAGGAGCGUGCACACCUGCUGCACAGCGCACCCCACCUCUCAGCCCAGCUGCCCAUCAUGCUCCCCAUCUACAAGUGGUGGCAGCUGCCCUACUACUGGGUUGGGAUAAAGCUGUAUGACCUGGUGGCGGGCAGCCACUGCCUGAAGAGCAGCUACGUCCUCACCAAGUCACGGGCCCUGGAGCUGUUCCCCAUGCUGCGCAGGGACAAGCUGGUCGGAGCCAUCGUCUACUAUGAUGGACAGCACAACGACGCGCGGAUGAACCUGGCCAUCGCCCUGACCGCCGCCCGCUACGGCGCUGCCACCGCCAAUUACACCGAGGUGCGGCACCUGCUCAAGAGCGCGGACACGCGCAGCGGGCGGCAGCGCGUGUGCGGGGUGCGCUGCAGGGAUGUGCUCACAGGGAAGGAGUUCGAUGUCAGAGCCAAGUGUGUUAUCAAUGCCACGGGACCUUUCACAGACUCUGUCCGCAAAAUGGAUGAUCAGGAAGUGCCCAACAUCUGUCAGCCCAGUGCAGGCGUGCAUAUCGUGAUGCCUGGUUAUUACAGCCCUGACAACAUGGGGCUGCUGGACCCGGCCACCAGCGAUGGCAGAGUGAUCUUCUUCCUGCCCUGGGAGAAGAUGACGAUCGCAGGCACCACGGACAGCCCCACGGAUGUCACCUCGCACCCCAUCCCCACGGAGGAGGACAUCAACUUCAUCCUGAGUGAAGUGCGCAACUACCUGGGCGCCGACGUGGAAGUGAGAAGAGGAGAUGUGCUGGCAGCCUGGAGUGGCAUCCGGCCCCUGGUCACCAACCCUGACUCCAAGGACACCCAGUCCCUGUCCAGGAACCACGUGGUGACCGUCAGCGACAGCGGCCUCAUCACCAUCGCAGGUGGGAAGUGGACCACGUACCGUGCCAUGGCACGGGACACCAUCGACACGGCCAUCCGCAAGCACAACCUGAAGGCAGGCUCCUGUCAAACCAUGGGGCUGCAGCUGGAGGGGGCUCAGGACUGGAGCCCCACGCUCUACAUCCGCCUGGUCCAGGACUACGGACUCGAAAGUGAGGUGGCUCAGCACCUGGCUUCCACCUAUGGGGGCAAGGCCUUUGAGGUGGCCAAAAUAGCCCAGGUGACAGGGAAGAGGUGGCCCAUCGUUGGGAAGCGUCUGGUGUCCGAAUUUCCUUACAUUGAGGCUGAGGUGGUGUACGGGGUUAAGGAGUACGCCCGCACCGCCGUGGACAUCAUCUCCCGCCGCACCCGCCUGGCCUUCCUCAACGUGCAGGCUGCCCACGAGGCGCUGCCCAGGAUCGUGGACAUCAUGGCCAAGGAGCUCAACUGGUGCGAGCAGCAGAAGAAGGAACAGCUCGAAACCGCCAAAACGUUUCUGUACUACGAAAUGGGCUACAAAGUGAAAACAGAUCAAUUGACAGACGCUUCUGAGAUCAGCCUGGCUCCUUCAGACAUUGAGAGGUACAAGAAGCGGUUCCGCAUGUUCGACAAGGACAAGAAGGGCUUCAUAACCAUCCUGGACGUGCAGCGCGUGCUGCAGAGCAUCAGCGUGCAGAUCGACGAGAACGCCCUCCACGAGAUCCUCAACGAGGUGGAUCUCAACAAGAACGGGCAGGUGGAGCUCAACGAGUUCCUGCAGCUGAUGAGCGCCGUCCAGAAGGGCCGUGUGUCGGGCAGCAGGCUGGCCGUGCUGAUGAAGAGCGCCGAGGAGAAGCUGGGGCGCCGCCAGGCCAUCCCCGUGGACCGCAGCGGAGGGGGGCUGUGAGCCGGGGCUGCCGCCGCUCCCCGGGGCCCGGAGCCCGGCGCACCACGGCUCUCCCGAAACACAUCGGUGAGCUUGUCCUGCGUCAAUGGUUCCCAAAAGACAUCGGUGAGCUUGUCCUGUCGUUAAUGGUUCCCAAAAGACAUCGGUGAGCUUGUCCUGCGUUAAUGGUUCCCAAAAGACAUCGGUGAGCUUGUCCUGGUCGUUAAUGGUUCCCUUACCUGUCGUUAAUGGUUCCCUUACUGCUCCACGGCACCCUUGGGUGGCGGCAGCCCUGCAGGCUACAGGAAUGCGGGGAGGUGGGUGCUCACCUGCACGGGGUGGGUGCACACUCACAGAGGUGGGUGCACACUCACACUCACUCAGAGGUGGGUGCACACUCACAGAGGUGGGUGCACACUCACACUCACAGAGGUGGGUGCACACUCACAGAGGUGGGUGCACACUCACACUCACAGAGGUGGGUGCACACUCACACUCACAGAGGUGGGUGCACACUCACACUCACAGAGGUGGGUGCACACUCACAGAGGUGAGUGCACACUCACACUCACAGAGAUGGGUGCACACUCAGGCACGCCCUGCCCCGGCCAGGAACGUCUGCAUCACCUUCACCUUUCGAGCGCUCGGUGCUCAGAGUGAAUCCUGCCCUUUUACAAAUGCAAAAUCUCCAAGCUGCUUCUGCCCCCUCAGCAAGCAGCAAGGUGGGGAAAGCUGUGUUCUGGGGUGGAGACACCCUUCCAAAGGAACAGAGCUGGCACUUCCUGGGGCGUGGGGGGUGCUGCAGACCUGUCCUGAGCCUUCUCGGGGUGGUGGCUUUGCCCUGUUCUUCCAGUGGUGCCAGUUCUUGGCCACCCCGAAAUUCCAGCUGGAAAACAAGACACCUGGAUUAAUCACCCGAGGUACUGAUGUGGGUGAAAGCUGGGAACAGCUUCCCUGCUGCCCUGUUAACACAAAUAAACUGCCUCUAGUGAAUGGCGCUGUCUGCAGGCGGCGCUUUGUGCAGUGAAAUAAAGGCAGGAGGUGUUCCAUGCUAGAAGUGCUGCGAGCUUGGGGCAAACCCUGAUGCUCUGUAGGAUGGGGCAGGUUUUGGUAGCACAGCAGUCUUAAAUGUUCAUUUUAAAAUGCUCAAACGCAGUGUAAAAAAAAAAAAACAACA